GCCCGCCGUCCGCCGUCACGUGCGGGCCGCAGCGGCCGCGUAGUCAGGUGGGGACGGCUGAGCCGGGUGCCAGCCAAGGCAGGAAGGGAGGCGGCUGUCGAGCCAUUCUUAAAGGGGCCCCGAGAGAUCCUACGGCGACGGGCCGCCGACGGCCGGAAGGAAAAUGAGUGAGUCUUUGGUGGUUUGUGAUGUUGCUGAAGAUUUAGUGGAAAAGCUGAGAAAGUUUCGUUUUCGAAAAGAAACCCACAAUGCUGCCAUUAUAAUGAAGAUUGACAAGGACAAACGCCUGGUGGUACUGGAUGAGGAACUUGAGGGCAUCUCCCCAGAUGAACUUAAAGAUGAACUCCCUGAGCGGCAACCUCGAACCUUCAUUGUGUAUAGUUAUAAAUACCAACAUGAUGAUGGAAGAGUUUCCUACCCUCUGUGUUUUAUCUUCUCCAGUCCUGUUGGAUGCAAGCCUGAGCAGCAGAUGAUGUAUGCUGGGAGUAAGAACAAGCUAGUCCAGACAGCUGAGCUAACCAAGGUAUUUGAAAUAAGAAACACUGAAGACCUAACUGAAGAAUGGCUACGUGAGAAACUUGGAUUUUUCCACUAAUGUGAACUUCUGUGUUUCUAAAGUAUUUAUGUAUUAACCUGACCAUACUGGAACCAGACAUAAAUAGUUAAUUUAUGCCUAAAAAUGCACUGUUACUUACAGUCUGUUUCCUGCAGUAAAGAAACUUCAUUUGUGCAGUUUGAACAAAGGGAAAUCAUCUUCAUAGUAACGGAACUUUGUGAAGUGUUUCCUUGUGUUUGUCAUUGUUAGCUGGACCAUUGUUCUCCGGGGUGACUAAUUUCUGUAAUUUAUGAUUCGGAAUGACUGUUUGCAGACACUAUUGGAGGGGGGUAUUAGACUGUGAUGGACACAGGUCCUCCUUGGCCCUCUCCUGGGCACUGGCAGUUUAGAGUGCAGAGAGAAGAACCUCAUCGCUUGGCACAUCAGCCAGGUUCAUGGGCUAAGGUGACUGAUGCUGAGCCAGGAGUCAUGACUGCAGAGCCUCUGCUGCACUCCCUAGUCCUCCUUCGCUCUUGGUCUCCUGUAGCUGUUUAAUCAAGUGUAGAAACUACAUCAAUCACUCGUUCUUAAGGUCUGGGAGUUGGAUUUUAUGGUAGAGUUAUGAUUAUUAGUUUUUCUUCUUAAGGGAAGUAGAAUUCUAGUCUUAGAAACUGGUGAGUUAUAGAAUCAAGGGCUUCGUUCCUGGUUGUGUCACUAAUAGGGAGCUUAGAAUGUAGCUUGGUAACACUAUAAAGCAUCUCCUAAUGUCUUGUGAGCACUGUUUAAAUAUGUUAAUACUGUGCCUUUGAUUUGUCAGCAUUAACAUUAGCUUAAGACUUCUACACUGCCAGUAUUCUAGAUUUGGUGAAAUUAAUACUUUUCUAAAGGGUUCAAGUAAAACAAUUUUCUAAUAUGUAUAACUGAAGUUUGUAAUAAAACCAACUUGUUAUUUUUAAAAUUCCAA